AGAUCCCUGGAGGACGAGAUUAAUCGCACCACAGCCGAGGACAUCCCCAUCUUCAUGAUCAGCUACGCUGUCAUCUUCGUGUACAUCGCCGUGGCGCUGGGGGAGUACUCGUCAUGGAAACGCAUACUGGUGGACUCUAAGUUCCUGGUGGGUCUGGGUGGGAUCCUGGUGGUGGGCUGCUCGGUUCUGGCCUCCAUGGGUUUCUACUCCUGGAUCGGCAUCCCGUCCUCGCUGGUCAUUCUGCAGGUGGUCCCGUUCCUGGUGCUCGCUGUCGGAGCCGACAACAUCUUCAUCUUCGUUCUGGAGUACCAGAGAGACGUCCGGAGGCCCGGAGAGAAGAGAGAGGAACACAUUGGUCGCGUCCUAGGAAACGUAGCUCCCAGCAUGCUCCUCUGCAGCCUCUCCGAGUCCAUCUGCUUCUUCCUAGGCGCCCUGUCCACCAUGCCAGCGGUGCGGUCCUUUGCUCUCUACGCCGCCCUGGCCGUGCUCAUGGACUUCAUCCUGCAGAUGACGGCCUUUGUGGCACUGCUGUCGCUGGACGCCCGUCGCCAAGACAACAACCGCUGCGAACUGGUCUGCUGCGUCACCGUGUCGACCCGGCGGUCCAACAAGCCCAACGAGGGCUUCCUGAUGCCCCUCAUGAGAAAAUACUACGCCCCUGUUCUGCUGCACAGUUACACCAGGAUCACAGUG